GCUCGGGGACGGUUGCGAGAACUAGUAGGGAAAAUUCGUAGCCAAGAGUUUGGAUGGGUCGUGGGGAAAUUGUACCGCGCGUUACGCACAGCGGAAUUCAAAUCGGCCAGGCAUUAAUUGCACUGCCUUGCCAGCCGAGUGGGCAUGCAGCGCGCAGAGAAACCAAACGGGACGUUCGCAUUCCAGACAGGAUGAGCCGUUUAUUCUUUCCACUACGUUCCCACGUUUGCGCCGCCGCCGUGCGGUGUCGUCUUGCGGGCGAUGUUCACACUGCCUGCCGCCGAAGCGCCGCCUCGUCUUUCGCCGUCGUCGGCGCAGCGGGUCACGUGACUCGCAGCCCACGUCACAGGGACUGUGGUAUGUCUUACCUCGUGGUGUGCGUCUCAUACGGGCGAUAUCGCCGGUCAUCGGUCGAACAGUGAGCGCGCAAACAGACACGUGGCCGAGCAGAAGCCGUCGGUUAGAGAACGCUCGUCGUUCACCAGGGUGCGCUGUCCGACGAGGGCGUUAUCUGCUGUCACGUGAUUCCGAGAGAGCUGGCAUUUUAGCGGCCUCGGUUCCCCGGCGUCAUUCCCGAUUGCCUCUCAACCGCUGCCAUGCUUGGUCCCGGACGGCAAGUUAUGCACCGAGUGUGCGACUCGGUCAGCGGCGUCAACUGGCGCCCGAUGCGGUUCGUCGACGAGCCGGUGGCGGCUCGCUACGCCUGCUGUGUCUGCCACCUGAUUCCGACCACGACGGUCCUGCUGCCCUGUGGUCACGCCCUCUGCGACCAGUGCCAGCGAGGCUCUGUUACCCAAGAUGGCGGAAACGUCUGUCCCCUGGACGGAGACCCAUUCAGCGAGGACGAAUGCCAGAAGUUGCAGCUUCAGGAGAGGAGGAAGCAAAAGCUGGAGGCUCACUGCUGGAACGAAGUCCACGGCUGCAACUUCGUCGGCCCCCUGGCGGCACUGCUGGUACACUUCGAUGCAGAGUGCUCCUUCCACGCGCUUCCGUGCGAACGGUGCGGCGGGAUCGUGCGGAACUCGGAGCUCGCCGCCCACUACAUUGGCGGCUGCAGCAACGCAGUGUUGUCGGUUACGCUGGCCGAGUCAUCGCAGAAAAGCGGCGCCGUCGUCACUUCCGGUGACGUCACCCCAGUUGGGCGAGAACUCGACAAGAUGGCGGCGAAUACUUGCGAGGACGCGAUGUCGGCCCUUCAGAGUCAGGUGAACGAACUGACGGAGGCGGCCAGAAUGCAAGGCGCGCAGCUGCAGGAGUUAAACGCCGCGCUGGCGGCUAGUCUUGACGCACUCACUGCCAGCGUGACACUAGCCGCCCAGAAAUUUUCGGAGACGAUCGGUGAGGCAUCGGAGAUGCAAAAGCGCAUGCUCGAUUGGGAAGCAGGGGAAAGUUGUCUGGCUAGAAAGGGUGUGGCAGGUUCUGCUGCCGAAGGUAUGCACUUGCCACAGGUGACGAGCACCUUUCGAAACUUGGAACACUUCGCCGGCGAGUCGCUAGAAUGUCUCGAACGCUUACUCCAAGCACAAAUGGAAGAAUGGAGCGCUACCGCACAGGUGAUCCUUCUCCCGCAAAGUACAGACGAGCCAACGGGAGCGCGUGCCGACUCUAGCUCGCCAAGCUGUGCGAACGUUAAUGAAACAGUCUAUCAUGUGAUUUUUUCACGCCCUACCAGAGAGGGAGGGCGUGGGUAUGUCUACUGUGUGACUAGGUUGCAUCGGCGAGACGCGUGGUUUACUGUGCUCAUCUACCGAAGUAAAUCGGACGGGAAAUACGAACUUUCUGUCGAAUUCACUUGGAGCUGCAAGAAAAACAUCCCUGACCUUCCGAAAGUCGUUAGAGUAACACAAUUAGAGGGAGGUUGUUCCUGUGACUUCGAGAAAACCCAUGAUGGUGACUGGGAGCAAAAUUAUUCUUCGAAGAACUAUAGCUGGGGACUGGCAGGAAGCUGUGUACUCGAAAUCGCUAUACGCAACUAACGGACGGCGCCGGAUUCGGCCCGUAAUGAUUCGAUUCUGCUUUGACGGGCUUGCCAGCUCCACAUGAAAACAUGCAUGGCUGUACCUGUCGUCGCCAUGGUCUCACUGCCACGUUUUCCUUGACAAGAUGUUAAGGGUGUGUUUAAAAUUUUGUUUUGUAUUACUCUUUUAUUAUUAUUAUUAUUAUUUUUAUUUUUUAUUGUAUUACUUUUGUAUUAUUAAAUUAAAUACAGGCAUCACCAUGGCUACACACGCAACGAAGCACACUAACACUGGGAAACAACAAUACACAAUCUGGCAGUGGAACUGCCGGGGCUACAGGAGGAAGCGGGGCAAUCUCCAGCAAUUCAUACGCAGCCGCGGGACAAAACCAGACGUGAUCCUUUUACAGGAGACAAACCAUCCGGUUAAACUAGCUGGCUACAAAGCCAUAGACGCGACCGCGACGGAGAGCAGGCAAAGAAGGAAACGGGCUACACCCCGCGUGGCGGGCGGCGCUGGGCCGGGGGCGAUGGUGCCGCGCCGGCCGUCUCCCCCGCCACGCCCGUUGCCGGUCGCCGCCGUGCUCGUUCGGCGUAAUGUCACUGUGGCGCAGCGAGAACUUGCCUGCGUAAAUAUCCCUCACGUGUUCGUAGAAUUAAUCCCUAAGAGCGGCCGAGGACUAUUCGUCCUUAACGUGUAUAGUAAACCCACACUGCAGCACAGAUUCGGGGACCUACUGCGGGCCGCGCGCGCGGCUUCCGGCGGCGAGCCUCUGCUUGUUGCGGGCGACUUUAACGCGCCCCACGGAGCCUGGGGCUACACCCGAGAAACACCCAAGGGCAAACACCUUUGGGAAGACUCGCAAGACCAAAGGCUUGCACUGAUCGCGAAUCCCGCCGAUCCUACACGCAGAGGGAACAGCGUGAGUGCCGAUACGUUACCAGACCUUGCGUUUGUUUCAAAUGUAACAACAGCGCACUGGCAAAACACGCAGGAAGAUUUGGGGAGCGACCAUGCGCUGAUCGAGAUAACGAUAGGCACGGGCCCGAGCGGUCGUGGUACUUACCCUGAGGGCAAAGGUCGUAAGCUCAAGCUCGUGAAGUGGGACACGUUCCGCAAGAAACGAAAAGAAGCGGGGCGAGGCGAUAAGCCGAUUACGGACAUAGACGAGUGGACCGAGACGCUCAGAAGGGACGUAGGUGCAGCAACGAGCGAGGUUCCGCCCGAGGCGAACCUCGAAAUAAUUGACAGCAGGCUCCUACACAUGUGGGAAGCAAAGCGAGCCCUCCUAAAGAGAUGGAAAUGCCAAAGACAUAAUAAGGCGUUGCGGAAACGCAUAGCGCAGUUAGACAGAGACAUCGAAGAACACGCACUUCAGGUAUGCAGGGCACAAUGGGAAGACACGUGCAACGGCCUCGAGAGGCAGAUGACCGGGGCGAGCGCUUGGCGCCUUUUUAGACACCUAUUAGAUCCGGAGGAGACUCGGGCCGCUCAAGGCCACAAGACUCGUAGACUCCUAAGAGAUUAUAAAGGCGAUAACUUCCUUGACGCCAUACGUGACCGUUACUUUAAGAAAGCCGAAAGCAUCCAGUACGCUGAGUACGACGGCGUCACAAACAAGAAACUGGACGCGGAAUUUAGCGAAUCGGAAAUUCGGUUAGUCCUGGUCGAACUCAACACUCGAUCGGCGCCCGGCCCGGACCGGGCUACCAACAAGACUCUCCGAAACCUAGACGACGAGUCAAUCUCCCGACUCGCGGCCUACGUCAAUGAGUGCUGGCGAGAGGGUUCCCUUCCCGAAGCGUGGAAACGGGCCCGCGUCAUCAUGAUUCCUAAACCUGGCAAGCAAGUUACGCUCGAUAAUCUAAGACCGAUUUCGCUUACGUCUUGCGUCGGCAAAGUCAUGGAACACGCAGUUCUCACCCGCGUGACCGACUUUCUCGAAGAUCAUGACGCGUUCCCGCACACCAUGCUAGGAUUCCGCCGCAACCUCUCCGCACAGGACGUAUUGCUUCAACUUAAACACCAGAUCGUAGACGACACUACCAGCUCCACUAAGGCAAUUCUAGGCUUAGAUAUUAAAAAGGCCUUUGACAGUGUUAAGCACGAAGCGAUCUUAAAAACAAUUAGAACAUUAGGACUAGGCCAAAGAAUGUAUAAUUACGUUAGAGACUUCCUCACGGGCAGGCGCGCAUGCGUCGUCGUCGGUGACGAGGAAUCACCGGAAUUUCUGACGGGUCCGUGCGGCACGCCGCAAGGAUCCGUCAUAUCACCAUUACUCUUUAAUUUAGUUCUACUUGGUCUACCCGAGAAAUUAACAGAAAUAGAAGGAUUACAUCACAGUCUCUACGCGGAUGACAUCACCCUCUGGGUUCCCGGAGGGGGAUGUGACGGUCACGUCGAGCGAACGCUACAGGCAGGAGUAGAUGCGGUUCAGAAUUACUUGCGUGGAACGGGCCUCGAGUGCUCGGCUACCAAGUCCGAACUCUUACUCUACAAACCCACAAGGAGAGGUCGUAAAACCCUGCGCGAACAGGAACGGGAAUAUUCGAAAAUACGUAUUACAUUGGCAGAUGGUACUCCCGUACCGCACGUAGAGAAAAUUAGAAUCCUAGGGUUACACCUGCAGGCAAACGGCCAUAACGGAGAGACGGUGCGAAUACUUCGUCGUUCGGUAGAUGACACCAUCCGACUCUUGCGUCGCAUCACGAACAGACGCAAUGGUAUGCGUGAAGAGUGCGCGAUCCGUCUCGUGCAGGCAUACGCGAUAAGCCGCAUAACGUAUGUUGCCCCCUACCUGAGGUGGAUCGGGUCUGAAAAAAACAAAGUCGAAUGCAUGAUCCGAAAGGCUUUUAGGAGGGCGGUCGGCGUUCCACUCAACGCGAGCACCGACAAGUUUCUAGAGCUCGGAGUUCACAACUCUCUCAACGAGUUAAUCGAGGCGCACGACAUUGCGCAAUACGAACGAUUAUCCAGGUCAAAGGCAGGUCGAUGCAUCCUCGAGUCGCUCAGCAUCGCGUACCACACUCAGCAUGGAGAAAAGAUGGCGGUUCCCGCCUCUGUUCGCGACCGCCUGAUCAUCCCGCCGCUUCCCAAGAACAUGCACCCGACGCACCACGCCGGGAGACGCAACAAACGAGCAAGCGACCUUGAGAAGAAGUUUGGUAACAGCAACGAGGCGGUGUACGUAGACGCGGCGCGAUAUGGAGGAGGGAGAAGCGCGCACGUGAUAGCGGUUGUAGACCGCUCGGGUAGGUGCCUCGCGAGCGCCACGGUGACCACGGGACACACGGAAGCGGCCGAAGAAGCCGCGAUAGCCCUAGCGCUCGUCGCGGUGCCGAACGCUGCGAUCGUGAUCAGCGACUCGCAGGCGGCAAUCCGCGGCUUCGCGCGCGGUCGUGUCUCGCGGGAAGCGGCCCGCAUACUCCAAAUUUCUGACGACGGCGACUCGUCAUCGCCCUCGCAACCCCAAAAUUCUACGGUCUUCCUCCUCUGGACCCCGGCACACACCGAUGUUCCGCUAGCGGGAAACGAGGCGGCCCACGCCACGGCUCGAGGUCUCACACGCCGAGCCGCCGCUGAUUAUGUGGCCGCCUCCGCCCCCGAGAGCGGAGCAUCGGAUCUGCCGGAUCGGGACACUACAACAGAAACACAGCAACAAGAAACACACUGGGCGUGGGGCGAUCGCCUAACCACGUUCAGAGACCUCACCCAACACUACAGACUCGAAAGACGCAGAUUCCCGCCACCACACGAUAAACUGAACAGGAACGAGGCCGUGACGUUACGCUUGCUGCAGACACACACCUACCCUAGCCCCGCUAUCUUACACCACUGCUAUCCGCGUUUGUACCCAACAGACGCGUGUAAAACAUGCGGACGCAGAGCAACGCUGCGACACAUGCUCUGGGAGUGUACCGGCAACAACGGUAAUCAAAGCAGCUCCGUUGGCGACGCGUCCAUAAUCGCGGCUGUUGCCAGAGUAGAAGGCUCGAGCUCCGUUCUUCCCGACGCCGCCCCGGAUGCGGGAGCCGCCGGGGACCUUCUCCGUAGGCGUCGCCGCCGCUGGGAGGCGGCUAUCAGAAGUUCAGAGCUGGCAGACCAGCUCUGGGCCGUCCGGCAAGCCGAAGAUGCCGCUCGAGUCCAAGAACUUCGAGCCGUCACCUGAGGCCACCACAUCAAGAACUGCCGGACUAUUCUUUACUAAAGUUUCUUCUUCUUCUUCUUCUUCUUGUAUUACUCUCAAUGCCGUAAUAACUUGCGCCGUGCGUUGGGAAGCACGAGGGGAAGAUAAACGUUCUUUCGUGGAGUUGCCCCAUUAAUGCUGCUCUCGGCGACUGCGACGGCUAUCAAAGCUAGACGCCGUCGAUGACAAACUCGCUAGCUUCCUCCAAAUCAGGGGAUGCAAGCAUUCACGGUCCGUGGCAAUCACGGGCAUCUCAUUAAUUUGUUGAAGGAGCGAAGACACGCUGAAAGUUCUUUUGCUGCUCAUCUGUCUUUCUUUGCGCAGUGCUCAUCUAAUAAAAGAUUACGGUGAACGCAUAUUGA